AGGGGGUGAAGAACAUCUCCAAUGCGCUGACCAUCGGGACGGAUAUCUCGGCMGAGCACCCAGAGCUGCGGAGUGUGGCCCAGGCCCAGGGUUGGUGGAGCGGCGAGGGAGAGUUCUGCUUCAACGAGGRGUUCAAGUCUGAAAACCCCCCCGCCAGGAUGGAACUGGCCAAGAAGCGCUACAGUGGGGGCACACAGCUCCUCCAACAGCAUGAUGGUUCUGUGACGGCCGAGGUGAUGAUGUCCAUCCUGAGGGACAAGCCCAGUGGGAUCUGCAUGGACUCUGGGGGGUUCCGCACCACUGGCAGCAUGGUGUCCAUCCUGCCCCGCGACCCCAGCCUGCCGUGCAUCCACUUCCUCACUGCCACCCCCGACCCCUCCAGGUCUGUUUUCAAGCCUUUUAUCUUCUCUGAGUCUGUGACCCCAGUGUCGAGGGUGAUCUCCCCACAGUACGGCCCAGACGACCCGGUCAGGAAGCAGCCGCGCUUCCAGAGCCAAGUGGACCGCAGGCACGACCUGUACAAGGCCCAUGAGGGGGCCCUGCAGACUAUGGAGACCAACCCGGACGCAGGGAAUGCUCUGACGGAGACAUUGAGGAUGUUGGAGGGCCAGUGUCUGACGGACAUAUCAGCCCUGCUCAGUGGAGAAAUACCAGCAGAUGAGGAACUGGGGGACCUMUUCUUUGACUGUGUGGACACGGAGCUGAAGUUCUACCAGUGAGGAGCGCCCUCAUGUGGAGAUUGCUAGUGCUUGCAGAUCGGCAGGAGAUGGCCCUGGGACUGUUACAUCCUGUGCUCCUGUUAGAUUGGCUCCCUCCAGUCUCACGCAUACGAACUCCCUGAUGCCAUUCCAUCCAUCAUUAACACAGAAUAUAAAUGUCUUAACGUUCCAUGGGAUUGGAGCAACAUUAUCAUUUGUAUCACUUUAGGGAGCAAUGCUCGCCCCACAUUAGUGAGUAUGUGAUAGACCACUACAGGAGUGUACAUUACCAGUCAAAAGUUUGGACACACCUACUCAUUCAAGGGUUUUUCUUAUUUUACUAUUUUCUACAUUG